AUGCCGCCGAAGGAGCGCGGCAGAGGCAAGCUGCCGGUUCCUCUCCCGAGAGACAUGAUCCUGAAAGACACCGAAGGAAAAGUCUGGCGGCUGGGCAGUCAGAUCGGCCAGGGAGGAUUUGGCUUGAUCUAUUUAGCUUCCCCUCAAACUCAUGCUCCUGUAGAAGAUGAUGCAGUGCAUGUAAUUAAAGUGGAAUAUCUUGAAAAUGGCCCCUUAUUUACUGAACUGAAAUUUUACCAGAGGGCUGCAAAACAAGAGCAUAUAAGAAAAUGGAUGAAUCUCAAAAAAAUAAGAUGUUUAGGAAUUCCAGUGUUUUGGGGAUCAGGCUUGGCUGAGUACAAGGGAAAAAGCUAUAGAUUCAUGGUCAUGGAGAGGCUGGGGGAAGACCUUCAAAGAAUCUUUGAAGAUUGUGGAAGCAGAUUUAAGAAAGAUACUGUUCUGCAGCUUGGGGCACGAAUGCUGGAUACUUUGGAAUAUAUACACGAAAAUGAGUAUGUUCAUGGUGACAUUAAAGCAGCAAAUCUACUUCUGGGCUACACCAAUCCACAUGAGGUUUAUCUUGCAGAUUAUGGACUUUCCUACAGAUAUUGUCCCAAUGGGAACCACAAACAGUAUCAGGAAAAUCCUAGGAAGGGCCAUAAUGGGACAAUAGAGUUUACCAGCGUAGAUGCCCACAAGGGAGUAGCCCCAUCCAGACGAGGUGACCUUGAAAUCCUUGGCUACUGCAUGCUGCAAUGGUUAUGUGGGAAGCUGCCUUGGGAACAGAACCUGAAGGACCCUGUAGCUGUCCAGACUGCGAAAACAAAACUUAUGGAUGAGCUCCCAGAUUCAGUGAUGGAAUGGAAUUCUUCUGGAAGCAGCUGUAGUGAGAUAUCCAAGUUUUUGGCAUGCGUUUCUGGCUUAGCUUAUGAUGAGAAGCCAAAGUAUCAAGAGCUGAAGAAAAUCCUGCUGGAUGGGCUAAAGUCAAGUGGAACUCGCUAUGAUGGCCCUCUGGAAUUUGCUGCCGCAGCAUGUGCACAAAACCACCGUGCUGCUAAAAUCUCCAGAGUUCGCUUACCAAAGCCCCUGCCAAAACCAGUUCGGCAGAGACAAAAAAAGACAGAAGGUGACGAAUACACGUGUGAAAACAACGCCUGUACUGGGUUAACAGGCAAACAAGUCCAAGAUGAAGAAAAGCCAAGUAAAUUAAACAGGAUGCUUCACCACACAGAGCCUCAGCAGCAUGCAGAAUUACUGUCUGUACAUCAACGGGGUCACUUACUAAAGCCUUCUUCGAAACCAGCACAACAGCAGGAAGUCAAGGUGAGAGAAGAGGAGACUGACUGCCUCAGGAGGCCCCACAGUCGGGUCACACGCCAGCAGUGCCAGGCUCAAGAGAAGCCACUUCAGUGUUACACAACAAUUCAGGAGCCUGACCACCCACAAAAGUCUGCUGAUCACUGCCUGGAGACUCCAGUACAAGCUAGGAGAGUGAAGCAGAAAAAGCACAGCUGUACCUGA